UUCCAAAAAUCAACUAGAGUUUCCACUCAUGGGUUCCAAAGACGAAUUAGUGAUUCCAGUCUUGAAUUCUAUGGAUCAAUCAGAGCUUCCACCCCUUUUCGUGAAACUUUCUUUUGACAAGAGCUCGCUUGCUCAAGCGAUUUGGCAGGUCUGGAGUUUGAUUGAAAUGAUUAAUCGAAGUUUUGGUUCAGGGGAAGAAGGAUGGUUUGAGAAGAAGCAGCUUGAUGUUAAGAAAGUUGAGAAUGAGAAGGCAACUUGGAAUUACUACUUGCAAUGUUGGUUAGAGGCUUUUUACAAACCACCUUUCGUAGUGUGUCAAGCCAUUGCUUUCUUCAUCAUCUAUUUAGUGUCAUUUGUGAUUGUCACAUUUAUACUUGACAAUAAGAAUCGGCUGUCAUUCUCUAUCCAGAAACCUAGUCCAGCUCCCACUUAAGGUGACUCUUGGUGGUGAUUUCAUUGACAGUUGAUCCUUCUUUGUGUAGCACCUACCGAACAUCUGUACUGACAUCAAGAUUACUAUCAAUUCCAUAUUUUUGUACAUAUUUUGUAAUGCAGAACACAAUUAGAUCAUGAGAAUAAACUGAACACUUCAAUUUUUAGCUGUUUCUUAUCUACUUGACCCUUAUUUACUGUG